GAUUUUGGUAGGGGGGGAUUUAUGUAUUUUAUGUUUUUAGGUUUAUGUAUUAAACACCUCAAAAACUUAAAGGUCCACACAGCUCCCCCUCCGUAGGACAUGGACUCGCCCAGGGGUUUGAAGUGGAAAGCGGGAGUCAGGCCGAGAGGAGGACACAGAACCCUAAUGGACGUGACUACGUGUCUGAAGUCUCUGCUUCUGGCGAUUCGGCAGUACAAAAACAACAAAAGCACCCUGAGUUCAUCACAGCUGCAGAAACAGAUCGAGGAUGUGUCAGGCCUGAAGUGCUCUAGACUCUUAACAUCUGGUCAGGUGCUUCCCAGCGAGUGUUUGAGUGGCCUGUUGGAAGUAGCCGGAGAUCCAAACACCAGCCAUGCCCUUACUGGGGCCAUCCUCUCUCUGCUGUCACAGCUUGCGUCUGAUGAUGAGAGCAAAGAGGCCCUUCACAGCAGUUACAGCAUUGUUGGAACACUGGCUGCCAUCGUCCACUGGAACAGAGCCACCCCAGAGGAGUCUGUUGUUUUACAAUGUCUUCAGGUCUUACAGAGACUAACUUACAAUGUAAGGAUACUGCAUUGUGCCUCCCACAUAGAUGAACUCCUCAACUUUCUCAUGCUUAAUAUCCAGUCUAGUAACGAUGACAUCACAAAGCCGUGCUUGGGUCUAAUAGCCAAUCUGUGUCGACACAACCUGUCUGUGCAGACCCAGAUCAAGUCCCAGAGCAAUGUUAAGGCUUUCUACAGGGCCUUAAUAAAUUUCCUUGGUCAUAACUGUCUGACAGUGGUAGUCUUUGCGCUGUCUAUUUUAUCCAGUCUAACUCUCAAUGAAGAAGUGGGACAGAAGCUGUUCAAUGCAAAGAAUAUCCACCAAACCUUUCAGCUCAUCUUCAACAUCACUGUCAAUGGCGAUGGUACCCUCACCAGAAAUUAUGCAGUGGAUUUAUUAGUGGAUCUACUCAAAAACCCCAAAAUUGCUGAUUACCUCACCAAUUACAAACACCUUCCUGUGUGCCUGAACGAAGUGGUUGGCCUACUCCAUGGAAAAGACCCUGAUACUGCAGUUAAGGUGCUGGAGCUGCUUGUGUCUCUGUGCUCAGUUCCAGCCCUGCGCAGACUCUGCUGUGAAACAGUGAUCCGGCCUGUGGCCCUUCGACUUCCGCCAGGAGUUAGGAGUGGAGCCCAGACUAGAGGGCCAGAGCCAUGUCUCGACCUUCUCCAGUGGGCCACGGGGCCCCUGCAAGGACCAGAGCAGUGCUCCCUGCUCGCUUUAUCUCUGCUUACUGAGCUGUUUGAGGAGGUGAUUGAUUCUUCACUCUCUGGUUCAGCUCACUCAUUUGUGGAACUCCUUCUGCCAGCUCUGCAGGGCUUACUGCAGGCUCCUGAUCCUAGUGAAGGAGAGCAGCUGCUGAGGAGACACUGUGUACGAGCAGGACGCACUGUGGAUCUUCUGCUUGUUCUGUGUGGAGAAGAUUUCUUGAAGACUCUGGUUUCACAGCACAUGAGUUCAGAGUUGUGUGCAGCACAGGUGGAGCUAAUGCUCUCCAACACACAGGACUACAUCGGCUCCAGCUGCUCCGGUUCUGACUCUCAGCUCAGCCAAUUGUGCUCUGAGACCGUACUGAAGACUCUGGAGCUGAUGAGCCAGCUAAAGCAGCAAGUGCCCGACAUGGAGACCAGAUUUUACAGGAUCCUGCAGGACCAGCGUAUGGUGAUGCCCCUCUCUCUGGCUCUAACAUCUAACCGCAGAGAGUGCGUGCAGACUGCCCUGCGCAUUCUUUUUGAAGCAGCACCAUUGCCCGAUUUCCCUGCUGUCAUUCUAGGAGAAAGUAUUGCUGCCAAUAAUGCCUACCGGCACAGGGAAGCUGAACGGGCAGUCAGGGGCAGCACUGUCCAGGGGGAUGGAGUCUCAUUUGGCAAGAGUUUUUCUCGUCCUUCCACAGGCCCUAGCGGCCCCUCUGGCCAGAACAUUGACAGCCUGAUUGAGAAGCUCCAGAGUGGAAUACAGUUACAGGAACCAAUGAAAGAUGUGCACAUGUCCGAGAUCAUUGAUGUUUACGAACAGAAAAUCUCUGCCCUGGCGUCUAAGGAGGGUCGUCUGCAGGACCUGUUGGAGGCCAAAGCUCUGGCUCUGUCUCAGGCCGACCGGCUCAUUGCUCAGUACCGCUGCCAGAGAGCACAAGCUGAAGCUGAGGCACGAAAGCUGGCAUCACUAUUAAAAGAGACAGAGAGGAGAAAGGAGGAGCUGCAGGCUGAGCUCAGUGUGCAGGUUCUAGAGGUAGAGAAGCUGAAGACUGACAGCCAUCAGCUCCUGCAGCACAACAGCCGACUGCAGACUGUGUCUGAUGAACACCAGAACCUGAAGGGCACCUACAAUCAGCUGCUCAGCAGGUAUAACAAGAAUGAGGGAAUGCUGAAGGAACUCCAGGCUGCCCACAUCUCUCUUACCCAGCAGGCUGAGGGCUUGAGGAAAAGUAAUGAGGGAUUCAAACUGCAGCAGGAGAGGCUUUCAGCAGAGUUGGUACAGAAAGAACAGCACAUCGCCACAUUGGAGGAAACUGUUCAAGAGAAACGUGCCACUAUUGCUGGUUUGCAGGCUGAGAUGAGGAGGCAGGAGGAGCAGGCUAGCGAGAUGGAGGAGAGCAUGAACAUUCUGAGGAAGGAGCUCAACAAGACCGAGCAGGCCAGAAAGGAGGCCAGCAUUAAGGCUUCAUCUCUGGAGCUGCAGAAAGCCCAGGUAGAAUCCAGACUGCAGAAGAGGGAGGAGGAGCUGAGCAAGCACACACAGAUGAUCGCCAUGAUCCACAGCCUCAGCAGCGGCAAGCUCAAAAACGAUGCAUCAGCCAAUCUCUCUCUCUAAUACAUUUACUCACUCCUAAUAAACACUCAGACAGAUAUGACCCACGCCUCAACUAGUGUCACACCCCUGACACCUCAACGUACAGUUCACUUACCCACAGAAACAAAUUCUCAAUCAUAGGCAAACUUGGGAAACACACACAAAGAAAAAACUCUGUAGGUUUGAAAUACUGCUAAUGAAAUGUAUGCAAAAUGAAAUAGUAAUUUCAAUAUGAUACAAUACGUAAUUCAUUUUAAUGAUUUUUAAUUGCAAUCCAAUUAACUUAUUGCCUUUUGUAUGUGCUGUAUUUUUCUGUCAUACCUUCUCCUGACAUAUAAUUUUUAAACAAAUCAAUAAAUGUUGCCUAUUAAAUAAAAAUGGUCAGAUAUGAACAAGUAUUUGCUAAUGUACUGUUUUGUGUAAAUGGUUAAAUGUCACUCAAAUAUUAUUGUUAUUUUUUUCUCCCUAAGUAUGAUGCUGUUAGCCAACAUAAUAUUCAAAUAAUCAUGAUGGCUAAUUCAAUGCAUUUUCUGAUUUAAAAUGUAGUGCAACCAGUAGAUGGAGCCAUGAUCCAAAACAUUUAGACCUGGCAAAAAAAGUUGCCUGUAACUGUUACAGGGGCAGUUUCCUGAGCAAGGAUUAAAUCUAGUCAUAGUAUAGUUUAUUUUUAUAUAUUUUAUAUUUUUUGUAUAUACUUGAAGACCCUGUCUUGAUAACUGCCCCAAAGUGUCUAUAUAAUGGCACUUCAGUUUAGUGUUUAUAUGUCCUGUAACUGGAGUUGAAAAUGUAAAAAAAAAAAAAAUAACAUUAAUUAGAUAAAUUAAUUGAACGUCAGUUCAAAGGUGAUUUAGAUAUUAUUAGUUGUAGCUGUAUUUGAUUUUGAUUUUUAUGAUAUACUUAAAAUUGUUAGACACUGUGAGUGACUUACAAUUUAAUCAUCUUUUUGAGGACACUAGGCAAAUGUACACAUAAGGGAAAAUAUACAUUCUAUAUAUGAAAUACUCAAAUACAUUCAAAAUCACUUCACAAUGGAACAGUAAUCUCAGAAUGUGAUGCAAUAUAGGAAACAUUUUAAGGAUUAUUAAUUCAUUGAAAUGAGAUCUAGUUAGUAUAUUGACUUUUUUUUUCCAUUAUCACCCAACAUUUAUAAAUAAACAUUAAUAAAUGGAUUUCUGUUACACUAAAUAGUUAAACUUAUUAAAUGUUUUACUGGCAAAUGAUACACAAAAUAAGAUUUGUUACACUGAGAAUUUUUGUUCUUUAAACAAAAAAGUUUAGAAUAAUAAUGCUAAUGCAAUAAUGCUAGCCAAGCCAAGUAUGGAGCAUAGACUGUAUAUAAGUGUGGACAGGACGACAGGGGGUGAAAAUUAAAGCUACUACGUCUCAGACAUGUGGGCGGGGUUUGGGCAGUUACACGGUCCCGCCUCCCACCACUGUUGCUGCUGUUCCAGCUUCACUUUGCCCUGCGCAAGUGCAAAUGAAUAGGUACUUCCUGUCCAUACUUAUAUACAGUUUAUGGUAUAGAGAUGGAGCCAUAAAACAAAACAAUAUGACUAUUUAUUUUUUUGUAUUUCAGCAGAAUCACUUCACAUUUUACUUAGUGUGCAGUUUACUCCCAAAAUGUGUGUACUGAAGUUCCUCAGAUAGUUAGCUGAGUCACAUUUAAACACACAUUCUUUUUUGAAUAGUCAUAGUUUCACUCACUGUUCUUAAGCGAGAGGACAUAUCAUUCCAAACAUUAAUAACACAUUCUUUAUUUAUAACUCCACUGCUUGGUACAGUAGUUUGGGCUGUGUUUGGCUUUAAAUAGGCAUGCUGAUUAUGGAUUAUGAGAUUUGGAUUAACUGUGGUGAAAGGUUCUCUGUUGUUGUUUUGCUGUUGAGUUAUUAGUAACCUUACUGCAUAGUUUCUGUUUUCAUUUACAGAACAGGUUACUGAACAUCCCUGUGAUGGAAUGUGUCACAAGAAGUUUUGAGUUUCUGUAUUCGUGUUUGUGUUUAGAUCACCAAUAUGUGUCAUUUUUGUUGUCUGCCACAGCUUAGUCCAGAAUUUUACAUUUAUAUUGAAAAAAGGGCAUAUAUGGGUUUUACAUCCAACCUGGCUUAACAGUGUAUAAAUUAAAACCACCUUAUUAAUAACCUUAAAUUCUUUGGGAUUUAAAAGUAAUUCCAGUAAGUUACUUAGCAAUUCUCUGCGUUAUUGUUCUAUCAAUAUUUUACUUACAUUUAACUGAUUAAAAAUGUCUAGAGCUGGUUUUGAAUGUGGCAUAUGAAUUUUAAAGCUGUUGUUAAUACUGAAGUUCACUAAAAGAUGGAAAAAAUGAGUAUUUGUAGUUAGUGAUCAUGCUUUUGUCACGUGUUAACUCAAACAUUUGAUAGAGGUCUAAAUGCUAGUAAUUUUUAUUAUCAUCCCCUUGUCUCUUGUUUCUAAGAAUAUUUGUUAAAUAACAAGUGCCUUCCACAACUUUCCAUAACUAAAAUGCCAUGACUUUGCUCACAAAUAAAUGACCAAAUUGACAAAUACUA